UCUAAUUGGGUUCACUUCAGCUUUUUCUUUCACCUAGGCUUCUCAUGCUUUCUAGUCAAAACAUAAAUUCUAACCCAUAAGUUCAAUCAAUUUGUGUUGUCUAGUAUUCCAAUAGGUUAUGGAAAGAGUAUCUAUAUGAAGAGCCUCAUGUUAUGCAAUUCAUCAUCUUCUUUUAGUCUGAUAAAAGUUUAAGAGCACUGUUGUCUGAAAACUUCACAAAACUUGAACACAACUUUUGAAUAAACAAAAACUUAUUUUAGACUCUGGAAACUUCAUAUCAAUCUUCCAGGAGUAUUGAUUACUUAUGCAGCAAAUAGAGAUGCAUCGUAGGGUGGGAUGGACAAACGAAUCAAUACUACAGCAGUUACACAGCCUUCCCAGAGGCUAUGGCAGAAGCUCACAACCAGCACCAAGGGAGCUUGGUAGACAUAUAAUUUCUCCCUAUGACUUUCGUUACAGGUGGUGGCAGAAUUUUCUAAUCCCAUGGGUGAUAUACUCUGCUUGGGUUUCACCUUUCGAAGCAGGAUUCUUACUACAACCCAUUCCACUUCUUUCUACGCUCAAUAAUAUCAUCAAUGUAUUCUUCACCAUUGAUAUUGCCUUGACAUUUCUGGUGGCUUACGAGGACAAGCACACAUAUUUGCUCGUAGACGAUCCUAAGAAAAUCGCUUUCAAGUAUUUGUCGACAUGGUUCAUCUUCGAUGUGUCAUCAACUAUACCAUUUCAAGCUCUUGCUCUACUCUUUACAGGGAAGUAUGCCUCGGGUUUAACAUUUAAUUUGCUUCACAUACUGAGGUUUUGGCGACUGCGAAAAGUCAGUGCUCUCUUUGCCAGGCUUGAAAAGGACAUCAGAAUAAAUUAUUUCUGGCUUCGAUGUGCUAAGCUCAUUUCUACAACCUUUUUCUCAAUACACUGUGCCGGGUGCUGCUUUCAUCUGAUUGCAUCACGCUACAAAGAACCCCACAACACAUGGAUUGCUAAUUCCAUUAGUUCUAAUAUUAGUGAGAUCAGUCUGUGGGAGCGUUAUGUGGCUGCAAUUUACUGGGCUCUCAAUACUCUAUCUACUGUUGGUUAUGGAGAUAUUCAUCCCCAGAAUGUCCCCGAGAUGAUUUUUGACUCAGUUUACAUGAUUUUUAGUUUGGGUCUCAGUGCUUACUUGAUAGGCAACAUGACAAACCUCAUUGUGCAAGAUUCAAGUAGGACCAGAAGAUUUAGGAGCAUGGUUACAGCAGCUUCAAACUGUGCGUCGAGAAACAACCUUCCGGAGGAAUUGCAGAAUCAGAUAAUAGAUUUCUUGUGUUUGAAAUUCAGAAGUGAAGGAUAUCAACAAGAACAUAUACUCGACUCUCUCUCAAGUGGCCUUCGUUUGAACAUUCGUCAGUACUUGUUUUUGCCUAUACUAGAGAAAACUUAUCUAUUUCAGGGUGUUUCCUACAGUUUGCUGCUCCAGUUGGUAUCAGAGAUCCAAGUUGUCUAUUUUCCUGCCAAACAUGAUGUUAUUCUGCAAAAUGAGGCACCCACAAAUCUCUACAUUAUUGUCUCGGGAGCAGUGGAAUUAAUAGUUCAGAGCGGAGGAGUUGAUGAACAAGUGAGUGGCAUUGAAUUUCAGAAGCUUGAAAAAGUGGAUAUGGGUGAUAUCUUUGGAGAAUAUGGAGUGUUAUGUAAUAGGCCUCAACCAUUUUGGGCAAGAACGAACAAGGUUUCAGAGCUUCUAGUGCUUGGGCGCAAAGCACUAGAGGGAAUGUUGGAAUCGUAUGUUGAAGACAAGCAAAUAGUCAUGACAAAUCUAUUUCAGAUUUGAUCUCAAGUUCAACCCUGUUUUUCUUUUCCUUAAUUAUAAUCAUCACUUUACUCAAAAAACUAUUUCAGAUUUGAUCUCAAGUUCAACUAUGUUUUUCUUUUCCUUAAUUAGUAAUCAUCACUUCUCUUAAAAAAAAAAAACUCUUCUAAUCAGAAGAUUCUUCUAUCACAAUUUGGAAGAUUUGAAGGAAGUGGACGAGGUGUUCACUCCACCGACAUGUAACAUCAUCUCUGCCGUAUUAUCUCCUUAAUAUUGACUGUGGCAGAGGUAUAAUAGAGUAUAUAUAUAU